AUGGCGGCCGCCGUGCUUUUCACACUCCUUUUCAUCGGCACAACUGGGUAUCAUAUUUUUCAGAUGUUCAAGUCUCGCACGUGGUUUUUCGUUCCCUUUGUCAUUGGGGGCAUAUCCCUCUUAGCGGCAUCGGUAUACAUGUUCCUUGGUCGCAUUAUCCUGAUAUUACAAGCGGAAUCACAUGCCUUACUGAGGAGGAAGUGGUUGACGAAAAUUUUUGUUACGGGCGAUGUGCUUUCAUUCCUACUGCAAGGAGCCGGUGGUGGCAUUCAGAGCAGUGGAAAUCUAGAAAACAUGAAGACCGGCGAGCACAUCAUAGUCGUCGGCCUCUUUGUUCAAAUCUUUUUCUUCGGGUUCUUCAUCAUCACAGCAAGCCACUUUCACUGGAAGAUCAAGAAAUACCCAAUCCCACGUUCCUGUACUCCGGACAUCCCCUGGAGCAAACAUCUGCAUGUUCUAUAUUUGGCGAGUUUCCUGAUCAUGGUUCGCUCCAUAUUCCGACUGGCUGAAUACCUUCAAGGAAACAACGGAUACCUCUUGCAUCAUGAGAUCUUCUUAUGCACAUGCUACCAAGCCAUACGAAGGGUCUGUUGGCUUUUUCGUGCUUUCCUUUUACGUUUGUCCAUCUUUCGUGCCUUUCCUUUCCUCCUUGCCGCCAAGGAGUAA